ACCUCCCCGGGAAGGAGCGGGCUGGGGCGGCCGGCGGAGGCUGGCCUGCCGCCGGGCAGGGCGGGGGGUGCGGAGGGCCGCCCUGCUCCCGCCCCUGCGGCGCGGCCUCCCCGCCGGCCGGGCAGCGCGCUGCGGCCCGCCACCGCCCGCCGCCCCGCCACCGGCCCCGCCACCGCCCGCCGCCCCGCCACCGGCCCCGGGCCCGGCCCCGCCGCCCGCCCCGCCUUGCCUUCGCGGCGCCCGCUGCCGCGCACGGGGCUCGGAAGAUGGAGGGCUACGGGCGGUUCUUGGCGCUGCUGGCCUCGGCGCUGCUGGCCGGCUUCGUGUCGGUCAUCUUCUCCCUCGUCUGGGUCUUCCACUACCGCGAGGGGCUGAGCUGGGACGGCAGCGCGCGCGAGUUCAACUGGCACCCCGUCCUCGUCGUCACCGGCUUCGUCUUCAUCCAGGGCAUCGCUAUUAUUGUGUACAGGUUGCCCUGGACCUGGAAGUGCAGCAAACUCCUAAUGAAGUUCAUACAUGCUGGAUUAAAUACCAUAGCUAUGAUUCUUGCGAUUGUUUCUAUGGUAGCCGUCUUUGAAUACCACAAUGCCAGGAACAUUCCUAACAUGUACAGUCUGCACAGCUGGAUUGGGCUGGCUGCUGUUAUAUUUUAUUCCCUCCAGCUUUUCUUGGGUUUUGCUGUCUUUCUGCUCCCUUUUGCUCCAGUUCCUCUCCGAGCAGCGUUCAUGCCAAUACACGUUUAUCUGGGUCUUACCAUCUUUGCAACAGUGAUUGCAACAGCUCUCAUGGGAAUCACAGAAAAGCUUAUAUUUUCAUUGAAAAAUCCUACAUACAGUGCAUCCCCACCAGAGGCAACUUUGGUCAACUGUCUUGGUCUUUUGCUUGUCAUAUUUGGUGCACUUAUUUUGUGGAUGGCAAGCAGACCCCAUUGGAAGCGGCCCCCAGAAGAGAAUGCUAAACUUCUGCAGCCCAUUGGAGAGACUCCUGAAGGCACGGAAGCAGAAUCCACAAUGACAGACAGUAGUAAUGCAGAUAAAUCUGAUCUGAGGACCAAUAGUGAAGCAGCCAGAAAACAAAACCUCAAACUUGAUGAAGCAGGCCAACGAUCAACUAUGUAAAGAAAAGUAACAAUACUAUGAUACUGCCAACCCCUCCUUGGUUCCUUCCAAUUUAGUUAUAUUGAUAGAUAUAUAGGUUGGAGUUAUAUUUUCAGUAUAGCUUGCUCAAAGAUACUCAAGUAUUCUGCAUAUGAAUAUAAAUUCCAGUAAGUCCCAAAUAUAUUAUAUUGGUUCAUGCCCAGUCCACAUUUAAAAAAUGAGAGUGUGAAUGACAUCACAUAAUGGGAAAAUCAUAAAAUUGGAAAAUGUCUUAACUUAAUGCUUAUAUCUCUUAUAAUCAUGUAAAGUUAACAAGACAGACUAAAUUUUGCUCUGAGUGAUUUUGCAGGUUACGUAUCAGACUCAUGAAGUAUACCAGACAGCAGAAUUUAGUUGGUCACUCAUAAUUUUUCUGAUAAUGUCCACUUUUUUAAAGCCUUGAUUUUUCAGGCUGAUUAACCCCCUCACCAGCUGCUAAGAUCUAUAGGACUUGAGGUCACUCAGCAAUUUGCAGAGUUGCACCAUAAAAAUGUUUAGUCUAAAAUUUUGAAUUCAGAUCUUUAGGUUACCUUCAAAAACUUCUAUGUUGGGUGUUUGGUGUUUUUUUAAUCAGAACACAUCUGUUGGACUCUUAACUGACUCUGCCAAGUAUAUUGUAUACAGACAACAUCUGGCUUUGGAUUAUGCACAAUCAUUACUGAAAGCGAAGAAAACUGUAAGACAUCCAAAUGCAGAAUUUGUCUUAUUUGGAAAGCUACAUAUACACACUUAGGAAAAUAUGUAUCACUUAAGCCAAGUCUUCCUUUUCUCCGAGAAGGUAGUAUUUUACUAUCUUAUUUGAUUGCAUGGUUCUAUUGAUUUAUAGCAUAGACUAGAAACUAGGAUGUUAUAAACCAGAGAAGACUGCUAGCAGUCUCACAGAGGAAAGGAGCUUGAAGUGAGACAUGCUUCCUCCAAGAAACAGCUGAGCUUUGCUCAUUUGAUUAAAACACUACCCAUUUAAUGAAAGCCAAAUCUCAAAAUCAUUAUCGUGAUGGGCAUGAAGACAUACCUUAGUCUGUAAGCAAACUAUAUAAACUCUAUGACUUUUUUAUUUGAAAUUAAAGUGUUAAAUAAUGCAGUUUAAGUCUCUACUGGCACUUUACUUUUAUAGCUCUUUCUAGAAAUUAGAAUAUUAAAGUAUUAACCUCAUUCAUUAUUUUCACAGAUAAAAACAAUAUUUAUAUUUUUAUUAGUAUAGAAGAAUAAUUAUGGUAGAUUAUUUUGAUUGCACAUGGCCAAAAUUGUGAGCCUUUCUAUUGUAAUCUCUUGUAAAAGCUGCAGAGCCCACUACAAGUCCAAAUUUACCACUGUGCUGCAAUAAAGACAGUUUCAGGCAGCAUAUAAUUUCCUAUUUUUUUAAAGACUACAUACAUUUUUAUAAUCUUCAGCCUUUUAAAAUGUUUAAACAUUAACCUUUAGAAAAUAUGCAAUUUUUGUAGUUCAGUGUUGCAUCAGUACAAACAAUUUUGGUCAUGAGUUAUUUUGCAUCUUGUCUGACAAGAAGCACCUCAGUUCCUGUUACUUGAUUUGUACUAACAUUUGAUUAUUUGCUGAAUGUGUUAUAAAAAGCUAGCACAGUAAAUUAUUUGAAAUACUUUUCUGCUGCACCAUUUGGUACUCAAGGACUACAUCCCCAAGUUCUGGGUUUUCACUUACAUAUAUUGGUGGGUGACUGCAACCCACCUAGCACUGGUGUAUUGUUUAAUUUGAUAAAAUGGCUGUUUUUAAAUGCACUAGUAUAGAAUCCAAGUAUGACGGAAGGAAUACUAAACUAUUGUGUGAGCAUUCCUCCAGUCCCACGGCAUGCAAUGGAUCAGACAGCUUCUUCCCUGUGUUUCAAGUUCCACACAAUUAUCUGUCUUCCCUAAAAAUGUUCUGCGCAGCUUCAGCAUAAAAUCCAUAUAGUACUGAUAGCAGCUUUCUGAGAGAAAAACAAGAGCGCUUGUUUUACAUGACAUUAGUGCUCACCUGACACGUGAUUAUGUUAUGCAUCCUAUUACAAAUUUAUAUAUUGAACAUUAAGUAGGAGGAGGGAUUAGCAGCAGCUUCUGGAGAACACUGAACUGUGCUGUCUUCUUCUGAUCUUGUUCUGUUCAACAAGUCUGCUUUUAUUGGUGAGAUCAGUAAGCAUCUUACAGCUGGUGGAGGCACAUUUAGUCUUUGUGAGAGGUGCUGUAUUAAUGCUUUUGAAGUGUAACAGGUGAAGUGAAUAAAGGAACUCAACUGUUCUAGUAAUUUACUGUGCUAGCUUUUUAUACUGCACUCACACAGGCGACAGCCUUUGAAGUUAGUAUGUAUUGGCCUGUUACUGUGUUUCAUCCACCUGUGAAAAUGAGCUCAUUCAACACUUGCAUAGUACUAAGUCAUCUGUUUAUGCAGAAGGUAGACAAUUGUCUAAGGAUGGUUCUGGAAAAAACUUUAACUGUACAGUAUAUUGGGGAAAAACCCACAAAAUCUGUUACUGAUUUUGUUACAACACUGACUUGGAUGUAUUGAAAUCAACUGCUUUUAGGUGAAUGGUUCUAUAUGCUAUUGAAGUUAAGCUAUAGUAACCAGUGUGCCUUCUGUUUUCCAUUUUAUUCCAUGUACUGUACUAUUCAAGUGUAAUGAUACUUGAAAAAGAAUGGUGGCAUUUCUUUACUUCUCUAUUCUGAUGAUACAAAACUAACCAAAAAUCAAGGAUUAGCGACCUUUUGAGGGUAGUCUGCCAGACUAUAUCUUUGUUUUUCAACUUUGAGGUUAAACAUCAUAGUGGAAACUCAGUGGGAGCUGGAAGAUUCCAUGCUGGGAAAUUAUCAUGAUCAGUGUUAUCUCAUGUGUACGAACUGUGGGCUUCUGGCUGCUUUGGUCUUUGGAAGAUCCCAGUGAGAUGCAGUAGCUAUGAGCUCCUAAACCUUGCUCAACCUUGGUGCAUGCAAUUUAAAACAGAUUCAACAUGCUAUAGGCUUUUAGCUUCUGUUCUAAACUGUUUUAAAAGGUCUUUAAGAAUCCUUGCAACAUAUAAGGUUAGUUCAAGUGCUAAAUAAAAAUACAUUGGACUUUGGAGAGUAAUUUUCUCGGAAAAAAAAACAACCCAUAGUCCUAAAGCUGCUUCUCAAAGUGGCCUUCCAUUAACUUCCCUUUAAUGUAACUUUUCUUACCUGUACUUACAGGUAAUAGUAGCGACACAGGAAAUAAAAAGGUGUAUUUUCAAAGAUGUAAGUGGGAGGUAGAACUUCAGGGGUUUUACUGGGAUUUCUGUGCACGUUUGAAAAUCUUCUACAUUGUUGUUUUUAGAGGGACAUGACUGUAGAACUUACAUUCCAAGUCUGGAUUCCUGUAAAAACAUAGGGAGUUACAAAAGCUAACAUUAAAAGUGCUACCUUUUUAAGAUGCCUGAAAAAAAAUACUUUUAAAUGUAUUUACAUGCUGUCACGCAGUAACAGAAGCAGAACAGUGUUUCCAACAUGAAUAAAAGUGAGAAAUGAUGGUGCAAAUUAGAUUUUAAAAUUGAAUGUACAGUAAUUACACAUACACUUCUUACUACAUGUAACCAAAAAGAUCGCUUAUGAUAUUGUAAAUAUGGAUUACUUGUUUAUGUGGAUAUUUUAUUGAGAGGCUAAAAAGAUAUUGCCAAAUAUUUUCUAUUUCAGAAGACUUUCUUUUGCAUCUAUUUCAGAAAAUUCCUUCCUCUGAUUCUAACUGUUCACGAGACCAUAAAGAAUUAUUUUGUUACUUGCAGUACUUAUUUGUAGAUGAAAGCAAAUGUUUAAUUACAAUGUCUAUUUUCCUUAUUCUUUUUUGUAUGUCAAUAAAAAUUAUUUUUCAAGCUUA